AUGGAUAGGACAUUUGCCGGAGACAUCGACAACGAACUUCUUGCGAAUACGUCUGUUGCGGACUUUCAUAGUCGUUACCAUCAACGCCAGUCGAUUCCUACUCGUCUUGAUAUCCGGAAUCCUCUACCUCCUCUGCAUCAGCUACACGUUAUAUCGCAAUAUAAAAAGAAUGGUGUUACCGACUCGAUGGAUACGCUUCCAUCUGACAUCAAGGGCUACCUUUUGAGCAACAUCGAGACCUAUCUGCUCAAUCACAUCGAAGACGCCGAUAUCACAGCCUCCGGACUGCCGAAUUUCAUACAUAAGGUCACGGAUAAGCUCAUGGAGUUCGCUACCGCAGGUACUGAUCGUUCUGUUCUACGACAGGGCCAUCUGAAGGCACUUAUCCAUGGUUUAGUCCUUACAAAUGAAGUUGCCCCACGGACUAUGUUCGAAAUAAAACCAUUGCCGUUGGACUCCGUCUUUACAACAAUGUCCAGACCCGGUUCGCGCAGCAUAGCGGAAAGGGAACGGGACCAUCUCAACUCUGCACAAGAGAACGUCAACGACAUGCUGGCAGCAGCAGCUAUGGUAGGGAGUCUCGCAGCUGUUCGUCACUACAUUUCGCAAUCUGCUGAGGUCAUUGACUGGUUCCCCAAAUACUUUGCUGGCUUUGGUAACCCUUUGACCGCAGCAGCUUCCAUUGAAAAUGUCGAAGUUCUUGAGUGUCUGCUCAUGGAAGUCAACAAUGAGCUCACGAAGCGGCGUUUCGCUCGGAUACAGCACGGCCGUAUCACCCGUUGCGGUCCACUCACAGAGACUAUCACUUCCGCAAUAAGAGCCGCAGUUCGGACCGGAAAACUGAGGGCCAUCGUCACACUGUUUAAUUUCUUGCCAAGAUGCCGCGUUGAAAUACCAGCGCAUAUGAAGUCCCGGUCACACUACCUUGCCGAUGCCAUGAGGUGGGGACACAUGGACGUGUUCAUAUGUCUCAUGAACCAAUGGAAUCCUCUCAUCGCCGACCUGCCCUAUUGGAAUGCCCUGACUACAGGCUUACGUCUUGCGGUCAAACAUGGUCAUACCAACAUUGUGCAAUACGUCUUCGACAAAGGUUUGGUACAUCCAGAUGAUGCGGACGUCAACACUGUGCUCAUCGCUGCGACACACGGUCAUCGCGCUAUCAUCCAACUGGCUCUCGACCGCGGCGUUCAGCUCACGAUGCAGGACCUCAUCGCCGCGCUGAAUGGAUCACUUCCCUUGCUCAUCACCCAAUAUCUUUUGCUUCACGUCGUCCCACUCACAUCUGUGACCCACGAGGAAGAUGGAAGGUCCAUCACUACUUCCAUCGUUCCUGCAGUCGAAGCGCUCUGUCGAGAAUCUAUCCACAUUCCUUUCGGCGAUUACAACGAGGUUCGGGGCAAGGAAAAGGUGCUGGCGCUCAUACUCUUGGCGAGCGAGAUGAGACGACAAAUUCCAGAGCUUACGUUGGACAACUGUGUUGAGCUCAAGAAGGUGUUCGAUAGGCUGGUCAGAGAGUGUGUGUCCUUGCCAAGGGGGUCAAUCCCGUAUCUUGAGAUGGUUGAAGAGCUGCACAGCUGGAUGGAGUGGGGAGAUGGACGAGAGUAG